AUGAGUAGUGGAGAAGAAAUGAACCGUCCCGGAAACUCUAUGGCCGGCUUGUCUAACUUGCAAAUGAGAGAUUUGAAUGAUUCUAUGACUAACUUGUUGAAUACAGCCAGGCGCGAUCGACCAAGGAGACGCAGCCGAUCCGACCAUGACAUCCAAGAGGAGGAGUCCGAAGAUGAGGACGACCGAUCCAUCAACCGGCCUAGGAGAGGACCUAGAAACCAAAACCAAGGUGAUGUCAAUCCAUUUGCUAGAAAUGAUCGAGCUGAUAAUGGUUUGGGUGGAUUGAAAUUGAAAAUUCCAAGUUUUGAGGGCAAGAAUGACCCGGAUGCUUUUCUAGAAUGGGAAAGAAAAAUUGAACUUGUUUUCGAUUGUCAAAAUUUUAAUGAUCUUAGAAAGGUUAGGCUUGCGGCUUCUGAAUUCUCUGGCUAUGCUAUUAAUUGGUAUGAUCAAGUUGUGACUCACAGGAGGAGAGCAGGUGAAAGACCAGUUGAUACUUGGGCCGAGCUCACCAUGAUCAUGAGGAGACGCUUUGUUCCUGAUCACUAUCACCGUGAUCUCCAACACAUAUUGAGACGUUUACUGCAAGGAACCAAGUCAGUUGAGGACUAUCACCAAGAGAUGGAGAUCCUCAUGAUCAAGGCAGAUGUGAAUGAACCCCUAGAUGCCACCAUGGCUAGGUUUCUCACCGGUCUCAACCGUGACAUCCAAGAUCGUAUGGAGCAUCAAGAGUACGACAACAUGGAGCAGAUGUUACACAAGGCUAUUCUGAUCGAACAGCAAGUCAAAAGAAAGGGCAUCUCUAAACCGUCCUUUGCUCCCAAACCCUCUUUUACAUCCAAAGCCAUUAAGACUAAUGCCCCUGCUCAUGUUUAUAGAGAAAAGAAUGAGGAAACUUCAAAACGAACCCGAGACAUUCAGUGCUUCAGAUGUCAUGGCCUUGGCCACUAUGCUAAUCGGUGUCCAAACCAAAAGGUGAUGGUUCUUUUGGAGAACGGAGAAGUAGAAUCCGAAGAUGACAAGGAGGAUCUUGGACCAGUCUUUGAUGAAGAUGAGACACUUGAUUACCCAGCUCAUGGCCCUCUCCUUGUUGCUAGAAAACCAUUGGACGAUGCCUAUGGCCCCAUUUUCGACAAAGAAGUCGAUAGCGUGAUUGACGAGUUCUGCUCGACCUUUCUAGAAGAUUCUGGUCCGAUCUUUGAUGAGGACAGCCUUGAAUGUCCGGCUCAUGGUCCACUGUUGGUUACUAUAAGAUCCUUGAGUGUGCAACCAAAGAUCAACGACAAAGAACAAAUGGAGAAUCUCUUUCAUUCUAGAUGUCUCAUUUCAGAAAAAGUUUGUUCUUUGAUCAUAGAUGGAGGUAGUUGCACUAAUGUGGCCAGUGACACCCUUGUAAAGAAACUUGGGCUUGUUACUCGACCUCUUUCUCGUCCUUUCAGGUUGGAGUGGCUCAAUGAAUCUGGAGAACAGUACGCAAAGGAACAAGUGACCGCCCCCCUUACCAUUGGCCGAUAUGAGGACGAGGUUGUUUGCAACGUUCUGCCCAUGGAUGCAUGCCACAUUCUUUUGGGCCGGCCUUGGCAAUUUGAUAAGAAGGCUGUGCAUGAUGGUUUUACAAACCGACACUCUUUUGAUCACAAGGGAAAGAAAAUCACUUUGGUUCCCUUAACUCCUUUGGAGGUUCAUCAAGAUCAAGUCCAACUUAAGAAUGGUCGAGACCAGGAACCUAAGAAGGACAAGCCUGAAACGUCUACCAGAAACUCUAACUUCUUUAUCAAAGAAGGUCAGGUCAGGAAGUCUCUUUGCUCUCAAAAGCCAUUUCCUUUACUUGUGUAUAAAGAAUCUCUUAUGGUUUCUUCUUCCUCUGACUUUGCACCGGAGAUUCCGAGUGAACUUCUAGAUGUUUUGCAGGAGUAUUCUGAUGUGUUUCCAGAUGAGAAUCCUAAAGGAUUGCCAUCAGUAAGAGGCAUUGAGCAUCAGAUCGACUUCGUCCCGGGCGCGUCUCUACCUAACCGACCAGCAUACCGCACCAAUCCGGUCGAGACCAAGGAGCUUGAGAAACAAAUUGGUGAACUACUUGAGAAAGGUUAUAUCAGAGAAAGCCUUUGCCCUUGUGUCGUGCCUGUCUUGCUCGUACCAAAGAAGGAUGGCUCAUGGAGGAUGUGUGUGGAUUGUCGGACCACUAAUAACAUCACGGUCAAGUAUCGACAUCCUAUCCCUCGUCUUGACGAUAUGCUUGAUGAACUUCAUGGUUCUAGAGUCUUUUCUAAAAUUGAUUUGAAAAGUGGCUACCAUCAGAUUAGGAUGAAAGAAGGUGAUGAAUGGAAAACCGCUUUUAAAACAAAACUAGGUUUGUAUGAGUGGCUUGUUAUGCCCUUUGGUCUCACAAAUGCACCUAGUAAUUUUAUGCGUCUAAUGAAUCAUGUCUUAAGGUCGUUCAUUGGUCACUUUGUUGUUGUUUACUUUGAUGAUAUUCUUGUUUACAGCAAAAACCUUGAUGAACACCAAAUGCAUCUAAAAUCCGUUCUUGAGGUCCUUAGGAAGGAACGCCUAUUUGCUAACCUUGGAAAGUGUUCUUUUGGCACAGAUCAUGUGGUCUUUCUAGGUUUUGUUGUAGGUGCAGAUGGACUUCGAGUGGACGAGGAAAAGAUCAAGGCCAUUCGAGACUGGCCGAGUCCAACUACCGUGGGCGAGGUGAGAAGCUUCCAUGGCCUGGCCGGGUUCUAUAGACGUUUUGUUCCGAACUUCAGUACCAUAGAAGCCCCACUUACGGAGGUGAUCAAGAAGAACGUUGGGUUCAAAUGGGAACAAGUUCAAGAAGAGGCAUUUCAAAUUCUCAAAGGGAAGUUGACUCAAGUUCCUUUACUUGUACUUCCUGAUUUUUCUAAAGCUUUUGAAAUUGAAUGUGAUGCCUCCGGAGUUGGUAUUGGUGCUGUGUUGAUGCAGGACCGAACAACCAUUGCCUAUUUCAGUGAAAAGCUUGGAGGAGCUACGCUCAACUAUCCUACCUAUGACCAAGAGCUUUACGCAUUGGUGAGGGCUCUUCAAACAUGGCAGCACUAUCUUUGGCCGAAGGAGUUCAUCAUCCAUACCGACCACCAAUCCCUGAAACACCUUAAGGGCCAGCAAAAGCUAAACAAGAGGCAUGCUCGUUGGGUGGAGUUCAUUGAGACGUUCCCUUAUGUGAUCAAAUACAAGCAAGGUAAGGAGAAUGUCGUGGCUGAUGCCUUGUCUAGAAGGUAUACUCUUCUCUCGGCCCUUGAAACAAAAUUACUUGGUUUUGAGUUUAUCAAAGAUUUGUAUGCAUCUGAUCAAGAUUUCAAAGAGGUUUUUCGAAAAUGUUUCAAGGUUGCUUAUGGAGAGUAUUUUCAAAACUCGGGAUUCCUAUUCUGUGAUAACCGCUUGUGUGUGCCCCAAUGUUCUUUGAGGGAAUUAUUUCUUAGGGAAGCUCAUGGAGGAGGUUUUAUGGGACACUUUGGUGUUAAGAAAACUUACAAGGCGGUUCAUGAUCACUUCUAUUGGCCAAGCUUGAUGAAAGGUGUGGAACGGAUCUGUGGCCGAUGUGUGGUGUGCAAGAAGUCUAAAUCCAAAGCUUCAAAUCACGGUUUGUAUUCUGCACUUCCUAUUCCUUCUCAUCCUUGGGUAGACAUUUCUAUGGAUUUCGUGUUUGGAUUGCCAAGGUCUAAGUCUGGACGAGAUUCAAUCUUUGUUGUGGUAGACAGAUUUUCGAAAAUGGCUCAUUUUAUUCCUUGCCAUAAAACUGAUGAUGCCAUACAAGUUGCUGAUCUGUUCUUUAGAGAAAUUGUUAGAUUACAUGGAAUGCCUAAGACCAUUGUAUAUGAUCGUGAUGCUAAGUUCCUUAGUUAUUUUUGGAAAACUUUAUGGUCUAAGCUAGGAACGAGAUUGAUGUUUUCUACAACUUGUCAUCCACAAACUGAUGGUCAAACUGAAGUUGUUAAUCAAACCUUGUCUGCUCUGCUUAGAUCUUUGGUUAAAAAGAAUCUUAGACUUUGGGAAGAAUGCUUACCACAUGUUGAAUUUGCUUAUAAUCAUGCAAUGCAUUCUGCUAGUAAAUUUUCUCCUUUUGAAGUUGUUUAUGGGUUUAAUCCUUUGUGCCCACUUGAUCUUUUACCUUUGCCUUUGAGUGAAAGAGUUAGUACUGAUGGCGAAAGGAAGGUGACCACUAUCAAGAAACUACAUGAACAAGUUCGUGCAAACAUUGAGGCCAAGACCGAGAUCUAUAAAAGAUAUGCCAAUCAGAAAAGAAAGGAGGUUAUUUUCAAAGAAGGUGAUCUUGUUUGGGUUCACUUGAGAAAGGAGCGAUUCCCGGAAGAAAGAAAGUCCAAACUUAUGCCUCGGGUCGAUGGUCCAUUCCAGAUCCUUAAAAAGAUCAAUGGCAAUGCUUAUCAACUUGAUCUUCAAGGUAAGUAUGACAUUUCUUCGAGCUUUAACGUUUCUGAUCAUUCCCUGUUUCUUGUCGAUGAUCCAGAUUUGUGGUCAAAUCCUUUUGAAGAAGGAGGGAAUGAUGUGCCCCAGUCCGAGGAUCAGUCCAUGGAAUCAGCUCAAAACGAGGUUCAGAAUGUCCGGAACAAUGCAACUGAGGUUCAGCCCAUCGAUCUGACAGGACAGACUGAUCGGGCCGUGUACCGACUCGACCCGCACACGUCCGGAUUGGAGCUUCAGCAUAACCCGCGACCAGAUGACCAAAUCAACCGUACUGAAGCUCGCCUUUCCCGUCCUGUUCGCCAUGCUAAGUCCAUCGGUCAAGCCAAAACUGAAGUUGGUAGAGUAGAAUCCGAAUCCGACUGUGGCCUCUCUCUCGUAAGUCAUUUAGGCCGGGCCGACGAUCGUUCUGAUGAACUGAUCCGACACUUCGAUCAGUUCAUGAACUUUGAGCAGCCAAAUCUUUCUAAGGUAAGACUCUUAAGGCUGUCUGGUGACAUAGCCUCCAAUUGGCCCGGAACAGUCCAUGAGAAUCACCCGUCCGAACAUGAAGAUCGUACCGGCUGUGUACUGCUUCUUACCGCGGGACGUGCUGUCGGAUGCACUGAAUCUAGACAAGGGUAGCCGAAGGGUUCAAAUCGACCGGUCAACAUUAUUUUAUGUGCUUUGACUAGAUCUGGUCUUCUAUCUAUUUUCUAUGUCUCUUUUUCAUACAUUUCUAUUUAGUAUCUUUGACUACAAGUUGUAUAACUGUGAGAACACAUCCAUGAAAUAAAGCAAUCGAUUUUCCUUAUUCCUUUUUGAGUUUUCUCUCUUUGUUCUUUGCUUAGAACAUCCUUGUUCUCUUGGUGAGGUUAUCUCCGAGUGAAUCCCUUUCUUUGAGCCGGACUUGUGUGUCAAAUCAAGCGGCCAUUGAAACUUCUGGUAGUAUCAUCGGGUCUUCCGCAGCCCUUUGUGUCACUAAACAAUCCAUCAGUUCUCUAUCUAUUCAGAUCGAGUUCAUAUCAUCAGAUCCGGUUGAGUGUUCGUUCCUUAGGGUUCUUCAAAAAGCGAGAACCAAAUACUCCACUGAGAGAUAGGAGUCGCCUAAGUCUUUCUUUUACUGUUUUGAUCUCUGAAACAGACCUUGCAAAUCACUCCCCAACAUUGAACCAGUGCUUGUAAAUAGACCACUACAUAACUUAUUACUCUCCAAACAAAAGAAAAAACAAAAUUCAAAUCCUGAUAAUAGACAUCCAUUACGUUUGGUUGGUGUUCAAUGUAACUUAUAUUUUGCUUCUUGAAUGUUUGUGUUAUCCACACCUAUCAUGUGCUUAACCCAUUCUUGUGCUCCAAAAGAGCUUCCAUUAGAUGCUAUGUCUUCACAAUCUUCGUUCCUCAGCCUCGUAUAAGUACACCAACAAAGGCGAUUCUCUUAGAUUCUCCAUGAUCUCAAUAACCCAAUUCCACAAACCACUCAUCGAGCUUAUACCGGGACACAACGAAUUCGCAGCCUUUCCUUUAUCAGAUUUCUCCCGUUCAAGCUGGACUGAUGCAAAAUCAGCCAUGUUACUGAAACGAAUACACACGCGCCACCAUCGCAAUCAUCUAUUCUGGUAUUUCAUCGCCAGCUAGCUCCCCCAACAAUACCACUCUCUCCGACGUCCUCUAUUCGCCUAAACCCUACCUUCCUUCCAUCGCCAGCCAAUCCUCCGCCUCUGGAUUAGUCACAGUUGUAGAAAAAAAUAUCCUAAGCUUUAAAGUUCUUGUCAAUAGUUACAUUUUUGCCAGAGAAUAUGCAACUAUGAGCGGUCUUAUAGAAAUUAGAAGAUUGUUCGAUUACUAAUUUGAAGAGGAGAGUAAAUGAUGAAUUAGUGGAAGAAGUGGGUGCUGUUUGUAACCGGUGACGAUUUAGUUUCACAAUUGGCGAGAGUUACAAAGAAGAAGAUAAUAGGUUUGCACAAACCGACUAAGGAACGUCUUUUUUAUGGGCCUCCUAUGAAAAGUAAACUAUUAAAGCUUAGCAAAUAUCAAAAUAAAACAAUCAGCCCAAAUUAAAAUCACAAAAAAAACAGCUUGAGAAUUUUUUUUCAAAGGGAAACAGGUGUCCAAAUUUGCCCACUCCUUCCUGAUGAUGUGGCGGCACGACAAGGGAGAAAAACCUGUUUUAUUUAUAGAUAGAUAGAUUUUGAAACCAAAACAAAAUAAAAUAAUAAAAUCAAUUAACGUUAUGUAAAUUAAGAUUGGUUCACUGGUUAGAGCUGUUGGUCUUUAUUAGCAAAAGCUGAAACUGCCAAACGGUUCAAUAAGGCUCGAUUCUUCAACAGAUUUUCCUAUACUCCCCAAUCAA